AUGGACGGCGCGUCCCUGCUGGAGCGGUACCUGGAGCGCUGCACCGGGCAGGAUGACCUCUCAACUAGCCCUCAGCUGUUUACUCCUAUGAGCCCUUAUGACUUGGACCUUCCAGUUCAGCCAACUCCAGAUGCAUCAUUCGGUUCUCAGUUUAAUCAGCCCAGAGAGCUUCCUCCAGACUUCUCUUGUGUAGAUCUCAGCUUUCUUCCAGAUAUUAGCCAAGAUGACAAAGAACAAAAUCCAUCUGAAGAUGGCAAUGAAAUGCAGAAAGAGCUUGAUGGGUCAGAAUCAAGGAAUGAGGACAGUGGUAUCUUCACAGAGGAAAGCGGUCUAUCAUAUCCAGAUGCAACACAGCCAUCCUCUGAAACAUCUGGUGUCUGUCCUCCUCUGACACCAAUGACUCCUAUGACCCCAGUGACACCAGCAUCAGAAAGUUCUGGCAUAGUUCCUCAGUUACAGAAUAUAGUGUCGACUGUAAACUUGGCUUGUAAACUAGAUCUGAAGAACAUAGCUCUGCAUGCAAGAAAUGCAGAGUAUAACCCAAAGAGGUUUGCUGCUGUGAUCAUGAGAAUCAGGGAACCACGAACAACAGCCCUUAUUUUCAGUUCAGGAAAAAUGGUCUGCACAGGAGCAAAAAGUGAAGAACAAUCACGGCUUGCAGCAAGGAAGUAUGCUCGUGUGGUACAGAAGCUUGGGUUCCCUGCCAAGUUUCUGGACUUCAAGAUACAGAAUAUGGUUGGGAGCUGUGAUGUGAGGUUCCCCAUCCGGUUGGAAGGGUUGGUUCUCACCCACCAGCAGUUCAGUAGCUAUGAACCUGAACUAUUUCCUGGACUUAUUUAUAGGAUGGUCAAACCAAGAAUAGUGCUGCUCAUCUUUGUGUCUGGGAAAGUUGUACUGACUGGAGCAAAAGAGCGUUCUGAAAUCUAUGAGGCAUUUGAGAACAUCUACCCCAUUCUAAAAGGUUUCAAGAAAGCAUCAUAA